GCAGUAUUUUUCCCUACUCAAUUCCGUAAAACCGAGCAAAGUUGCUUUUCUGAAAUCGUGUUAGCUGUUGCAAUAUUACACGGAAUUUUCGACGCAAUUUUAUCAUUUGCCCUAUCCCCGCCAGUUCGAAUGCCAAAUUGCGGAACUAGUGGUUGCUUUGUCAAUGAUCAAUUCCGAUAUUAUUGGGGAAUUUCCAACAUGGUUCUGGGCUUCGUUGUGAUCCUGCUUUCCGUCAGCUUCUUCUUCAAAAUCAAGGCUGUAAAAAGGAAGACGCCAAAUAUGGGAAAUUCGAAGCUUCAGCAACAUAAAUUCCAGCAGGCUAAUAGAACUUCGACUGGAAUUCUCGUGUCCUCUAUGCUUCUCCUCACGACGCCAAGCGUGUGUGUUGGGCUCGUUGAGCUUAUGGGCUACUCCAUAUUCAGACUAGUUGGGCCAUUUUAUUCAGCGAGCUUGAUGUCUAGUGGGAUUUGCAACGGUAUUAAAUUUAUCGGGUGUAAUGGAGAUGCCAGGCAAUUACUCGGAAGGAAAUCUCAGCAAAUGCUAACUCACACGAUGUCGGUUGCUCCAAAAUCGCUCCAAUUGCU